AACCUGAAGUGUUAAAAGUCAAAUGGUCUGAUAACAUACAGUGGCAGACAGACAUGCCAGAUUUUGAAGAAGAUUCAAAGAAAAUGUUGCAGAAGACUUUGGAACAAGAGGAAAUCGAGAAAAAAGAUGAAAAGCCGUUUGCAAAAGUCGACAGUAACUCCGGCUUAACAGAUGGCGGCGAGGUAUUGAUUGAUACUGAACAGAACAUUCCAUACAAUGCUGUAAUGACAAAGGUAGAGGUUCGCUAUGGAUUAAAUGGAAUGAAUAAUUUCUACAAGUUACAGGUAAUCCAUCAAAAGGGCAAAGACGUAUAUGCUCUGUUCACUUGCUGGGGCAUGAUUGGGCAUGAGGGGCAGUAUCAGUGCACCCCCUUCUCAACAAUGGAUGAGGCCGUCAAGGAGUUCCUGAAGGUGUUUAAAAGCAAGACUGGCAAUAAUUGGAGUGACGUUAAAAAUUUUGAGAAACAGCCAAAGAAGUAUCGGCUAGUUAAUGCUGAACCGUAUAAAUCCAAGAAGGUAUAUAAACAAGAUAAGAAUGCUUCAUUAGACGUUACAUUGCCCUCCAAGUUACCCAGUCCUGUUAAAGAUGUGAUGAAAAGUUUGACAAAUCACAAGAUGUACGAAGCAUCAAUGAGAGACAUCCACAUCGAUGCAAACUACUUCCCAACCCGCUAUAUCUCUCGUGAAAUUCUUAUGGAGGCCAAAACAAUACUAGGAAAAGUGCGAGACAAAAUCAAAGAAAUCGACCGCCUUCGCAACGAGAACUUGAUACAGGAGAUUGAGAAAUACCAGGGCUUGAUGGAAGAAAUUAACCUCCUCAGCAAUGAAUUUUAUGAGCUCAUCCCUCACAUCAACUUCUCAUAUACAAACACAUCACCGCUUACGGAUGAUAAUACACUCAAGGAAGCUGCCGAACUCAUUGCCAACCUACUAGACUAUGAAGUCGCCAGUAAGGUCAUCCUAGCAGCUCGCUACCGUCAACAAGGUACACUACCUAGUGUUUUUUUUAGGUGGAAAUAAAAAUAUGUUUUUCCA